AUGGCGAAACCACACCGCAUAGGCUUCUACAUCCGUGAUGUGAUCUCUGGCUGCAGGAUGCUAGUCGACACAAGAGCAAUGCAGUCAGUGUUCCUGCAGUCAGGAGAUGAUCGCAGCCACACUCCUGACAUCACCACUGCCCUUGUGGCUGCGAACGGGACCCCCAUCUGCUCCUACAGCACAAAGUCCUUGAAAAUCUCCAUACUUGGCUGCAACUAUGUCUGGCAGUUCAUCAUUGUGGACGUCAAGGCUUCUCUUCUCGGGGCAGACUUCCUGGAGCAACACAGGCUCCUGGUGGACGUGGGCCGCAAGCGCCUCCUGGACACAGGGACAUGCCUCUCCCUCCCACUUGCCGCAGGUCCAGGCAUACCCACCAUUUGCUCCAUUGCGCCCCAGAUAUGGCAACCUCCUGCAGGAGUUCCCAAUGUUUUCAAGCAGGAACUUCGUCAGGCGGCUGGGACCCUGGCCAAGCAUGGUGUAUGCCACCACAUCACGACCAUGGGGCCCACCCACACAUGCAAAGUUCUGCCGACUUCCACUGAACCACCUUCAGGAUGCCAAGAAGGCCCUCGCAGAGAUUGA